UCUCUGUGUCAAGUUGGUAGCACUCCUGGUCGCCUCCAUGGCUGCUUUGCCCACCACCACGGUGGGUGCACAGGUGUUGCAGCCAACCGCUUAUCCUGGAACUGUGCCGACAGCUUAUCCAGGAGUCUAUUCAAGCGCUUUGCCAACAACAAAUUGGAUCCAGCCAUCAGUCCCAGCUGGCACUCCAGUAGCAGGAACUCUACCUGUGGGUAGCUUGGCCCAGCCCCUGGCAGUUCCAAUGCAAACUACGGUGGCCACACCUUUGCCAACCUCAUCCAUUCCAGUCAGUUCGUUGCCAACCACGAUUGCACCAACAACCAAGACCUUCACAUACACAUUGCCAACAGGCACAUAUGCCCCUGGCUACUACCCAAUGCCAAUGCAAGGGUCCUCGCAACCCCUGGCCAUGCCAAUGCCAACUGUGCCAUUGCAACCCCAAGCACCAGCAGCCAUGCCAACGACAACCAUGACCCAGACUUCACAGUCGCCUUCUGUGGUGGCUACACCGGUAAGUACCUCAAUAGCUUCCCACUGUAUGGGGACGCCUACCAACACCCCCGUGGCACCAGGUGCCGCAGGUGCCUUCGUCUCCGAGGUGGCCACUGAGUCCUUCGUGUUGGCGGGCCCGCCGACCACCACGGCUGGCUCACCUAUGGCCACGGGGGUUCCAAUGGUUCCAAUGCUAUCUAUGGGAUCCCGACCAGGGAACGCAGUUGCUGCUGCAGGCACAAGUGAAGGUGUGGAUGAGGCGACGGUGCAGACGCAAUCUUUGAAGCCGCAGUCGUCGAGAAAGACCAAAAAGGCCAGGAGGAGAUGGAUUUGCUGCUGAGCUCCUGGCAGGAGGCGCUCAGCUGUCGAGUCGGUCAGUCGGUCCACAUGCCGAAGGAGUGAAAUCGUUUGAAAAACUAUGAAAUUUCGAUAUUGAUUCAUCAGAUUCCCUGCCGAUGCUGCUGGCAGCAUUGGCAGCAUCACCCCAGUUCAAUGAAAGCAAGACAAACCUGGUGCAAAAA